AUGAUUUGUUUUCUACUAUUAUUCAUACUACAGACGUCUUUUGCGUAUUCCAACCCGCAUACUCAGAAACUAUCGUUUGUUAUAAACGAAGAUGUACCUUCUGGCUGGCUCCUGGCUGACAUGGAAGAUUACGGAAUUGGGAAGAUUGAUAGCCUGGUCUUUCAGUCAAACGGCUAUCCCAUUACAUUGAAUACAAAUUAUCAGCUAGUAACAACUGCCCCCAUUAAAGGCUAUUCUGGCGAUACUUUCUCAACUUUCGUCACAGAUGUAACAAACGAUCGAGUAUGGGAGUUUCAUAUUUUCAUAACUUCGAGGCAGCUUGGAUGUACCCAUAACACGUACAAUAUAACUGUACCAUACUCAACAGCCCAGACAAUAACUGUUAGGAACCCUGUUAAUGUUUUGGGGAAAGGACCUGGUUCUUUAAAGUUCAAGGUGUUGAGAACGGCGCCAGGGCAACAGACUAUCAAAGUUUCGACUUCUGACCCAAACCAGAUAACUAUAAACACUACAGUUUCGAGACUGUUCUCCAAAACGUCUCAUGAGGUGUUCAUUGGUGUAUAUGAUCGUAAGAACAGUAAUGUUCACCCUAUUGCCAUCUGUCAGAUUGCCUUGAAUUUCGAACAAACAGAGAGAUUUUUUGAAAAAACCUCUUUCAUAUUGAAUGUUCACAAGAAAGGGAGUAAGAGUUCAUUCGUUCAUCUACAGAAAAUGGUUCAAAUUCCAACUCAGUGGACUUUCGUAGUAGAACCUAUAUCUAAAAAUAUCACGUUCGAUGGCAGCACCCUAACUGUGCCCGGUAGUCUGCCCUCUGGACAUCAUGACUUUCAUAUCAUUCUAUAUAAUAGAAUGGAUAAAAUUGAUGAAUGCUUUGUUGUUAUGACAACAACAGAAGAAGCUGUGUUCUCAAAAAGAGGUUCCAGGAAUGCAAAAGAGGAUAUCACGUGGAGCGUGAAAGAAAAUUCUGCUCCCCGUAUUUUAGAAAAGAAAAUCCGACUGAAUAAGGGUGAGACUAUUGUCAAUGCACCUAUCGUUAGUGAAUUCCUGACAAUUCAUAAUGAUGGAAGCGUAGAGUUAACAAAACGGCUCAACUAUGAAGAAGUAUCUGAAUUGGUGAAGAAUAUCGAGAUCGAAGGAACAAGACGAACUGGUAUGAUUGUUAGUUGGGAAAGUAUGGAUACAUGCUCAGUAAUGAGGAAUUUUCUGUGGAAAUUGUUUGAAGCUCGCGAUGAGAACGGUGAUGGUGACUCUGACAUUGCCUAUAAGCUAGUUAACACUGAACCACCAGGAGCGUUCACUAUUGAUGACGACGGUAUCGUUCGAACUGCUUUAAGUCAGUACAACUUGGGAUCAUCAUAUAGAGUCUUAGUUCAAGCUCUGGAUAAAACACCUAAAAAUGAUUCCAGCAAUCAGUAUUCUGAGGUGGCUAAACUUGAAAUACUUGCUGCAGAUCGUCCACCUCAGUUCUUAAAACAACGCUACGAAGUUUUUCUUCCAGAAAAUACUCUAGUAGAUAGUAAUGUUGUGGACGUGCGAGCUCAACGAUUUAGGCCUGUUGAUGACCGCAGAUCAAAGGGUCCUAUAACCUACUCGCUAUAUACCGCAGUAUCUACGGCUGCGAACUCCGAAAAGAGAGAACCUUCCAGUUGGUUUCGAAUCAACCCUUCUUCGGGAAUCGUAUAUUUGAAAAGACAACUAGACUACGAUGAUCCUUCUCAACCUAAACUUCAUAAGUUAACAGUUGUUGUUCAUGAAGACGGAAAGGAGAAUAGCGUACCACUGGAUAUCUAUCUUGCUGAUACUAAUGAUAAUGCUCCGGAGUUUUCUCGUCCAUUAUACACAGCACAAGUUAAAGAAGAUAUAGGAAUCGGGGUGACUAUAUUGAAAGUUGACAUUGAGGAUAAAGAUGCUGGACCAAACGCAGAGAUAAGAUUUACGGUCGACAAUGAUAACUUUACGAUUAAUGAGAACGGAGAGAUCUCUGCAAUUAAAAAACUAGAUGCUGAUCAAUUCAAGGAACGAUUUUUCAUAUACCGUUUUAAUGUAACAGCUACGGAUGCUGGAUCACCCCAAUUGAGUAGAACAGCAACGGUACAUAUACGAACUGAGAAUACAAAUGACGAACCUCCUACUUUUUUACCGACGGACCAGUUUUCCGCCUUUGUUGCUGAAGAUGCUGAAGGUGGAACACCUGUAGUGCAAAUUCAAGCUCGGGACCCUGAUCGAGAUCAAGUCGAAUAUGGAUUUGUAGAUGAAAACGGUAGAGAAACACAAGAAUAUGGUCUCUUCCAAAUCGAUAAAGACACAGGACUAAUCAAACUGAGAACCCAUGUGCAAGCUCUCGAACUCUUGAAAGAAAAUUCCCCUUAUAAACUGAGAGUUGUGGCGAGGGAUGAUGGUUCUUGCUGUAGCUAUCCCUCUGAAUCACAUGCUGCUUAUGCGAUUGUCGUUAUAGGUAUUGAGGAUGUGAAUAACAACAAACCUGAGUUUCCCGACUGCGGGCGAUAUGCUGAGAUAGCUAAGAUUCGCGAAGGUGUUUAUAAAAAAAAUCCACCAGUUAUAAUAAAAGUGGAAGCAACUGACGAAGAUUCCUCAUCUAAUGGGGAAAUAGUUUACUCGUUGUACUACGCACAAACAGAGAGCCGGAAACCUUUCAUUAUUGAUAAGCUCACUGGAGUUCUCACACCUUCUCCUCAUGUCAUAUUUGACCGAGAAACCCGUCCUAGAGAAGAUGUAACUGUUAAGGCUACAGACAGAGGCGAUCGCCCUUUGAUUGGUUUUUGUCAGUUUUCCGUCGAAGUAGUCGAUGUGAAUGACAACGCUCCUCAAUUCGAACGAGCUUCGUAUGAAACCAGCAUUUCCAGAAGCGAAACUGUCGGAACUUCGGUGCACACUGUUUUUGCCUUCGAUAUUGACGCUCCUCACAAUGCUCGCGUAACCUAUCACUUGGAAAGCGAUCCAACAGCGGGUCUCGAGCAUUCAGAAGACAUGAGCUUUUUCGAAUUUAAACAUGAGAACUCGGGAGAGAUAACGUUGAUAAAGGAAGUUCCAAAAGAUGAUCAAAAAGAAAAAUUUGUGUUCAAUGUUAUUGCGAGUGAUAAUGGUUUACCCGAAGCUCAAUUUUCUACAGUUCCUGUGAUCAUCAAGAUUCAUGAACGCCAACAAGUUGCUCCACGUUGGCUUUCGUCUCCGGACUGCCGAGAUAUCGUUACUGUCGUCGAAAACACUGAAGUUAAUAAAGUACUUCUGAGUUGUCAUGCAGUAGCUGGCGAUGGAUCAAAAAGUUCUAUAUUUUACAAGUUAACCGUUGGAGGACUGAACAGGGGAACUAAAGCAGACAGCAAGUUUCGACUCUUCAACAAAAUUGAAGACGGACGCGAAUGGGUGGAAGUAGCUAUUAUGGAGCCUUUAGAUUAUGAGCAAGCUCAAAACUAUACACUGUCGCUUAUUGCCACGGAUGUAAACUCUCAUGUAUCGUCAUCUAGAAGCUUCACUGUUCUGGUUACAGAUGUAAACGAUGUCGUCCCACAAUUCACUGUUGAUUUAUUCACAGGAACCAUCGAUGAAGGACUGACAGUCGAUGACUUCAUGAGAAAAAACAAUGGUAAAGCAAUUACAACAGUGAAAGCUCAAGAUACUGAUUCGCAGGGUCCACAGAGCGAAGUGCACUAUCGUAUACUAGAUAUGCCAGGUUCAGAUGUGAACAAGCUUUUCCGAAUCGAUGAGUUAACUGGAGAAAUUUUCCCUAUUGCAGAGUUUGAUCGUGAAACAAAAGAUAUGUUCAUACUAACUGUGGAAGCCAGAGAUAACAAACCUUCGGCAUUACCCGGUGUGAAAGGGCCCAACAAAGACAAUGUCAAAGUUCAAAUUGUAAUCGGUGAUGUUAAUGACAACCCCCCUUUCUUCAAUGGAUCUGGAUAUGAAGGGCAUGUACCAGAAAAUGCUGACCUGGGGCAUGAUAUCAUAACUAUCAAAGCUCAUGACUUGGACAAACAUUCAAACCUUCGUUAUGACCUUACUAGUGCUCAUGGAGAAAAAAGAAUACCAUUUGGUGUGAGAACAGAUAGUGGCGUCAUAUUUGUGAAGGAGCCCUUGGAUUACGAGCAAAAUACUGUAUAUCAGCUCAAGUUACAAGUUUCUGAUGGAAAGCACAACACUUCUACAGAUGUUUUCAUCUACGUCGCUGAUGUUAAUGAUAAUGCACCGAUUUUCGAGCAAACCUUGUAUUCAACAACAGUGCUUGAAGAAGAUCCUCAUAUACCCAAAACAUUGUUCCAAGUGCGUGCCACCGAUGCUGAUAUGGAUGAGACCAGUGGAAAAAUUAUUUACCGCCUCGAAGGGCAAGGCGCUGGAGAAUUUUUCCAGAUUGGUAAGGAAUCUGGUGUGAUCCAGUUAAUCAAGAUACUUGAUCGAGACCCACCGAAUGGCGUUCCAACUUGGAAAUUUAUCGUACAAGCAAUAGAUAAUAACGGCAAUGGUCUUAUUGGUUACGCUGAUGUUCAAGUCGUCUUGAAAGAUAUCAAUGAUAACGCUCCCAUGUUUGCGGAUGACUUGUUCGGCUACGUUGAAGAAAAUCGCGAGCCACAUUCUAACGAGGGUGUCUACUUCAUGGAUGUAAGAGCAACUGACUUCGAUGAUCCCACUACCGACAAUGCAAGACUGGAAUAUAGUAUUACUCUCAAUAAAGAAAUAGAUGGUGAACCCGUGUUCCGAAUAGAUCCUACUUCAGGAAAAAUAUUUGCUAUGCGCAGUCUCGAUCGGGAGUUGCAUUCUGAGAAAGAGUUUGUUAUCGAAGUCAGAGCUACAGAUAAGGGAAUCCCACCACGUGAAGGUUCGGGCAACGUAACCAUAAAAGUUUUGGAUAAAAAUGAUAACGAACCUUACUUUGAACGCCAAUUGUAUGAAACAUCUGUACCUGAAACUGCUAGAAUCGGAUCAGCUGUUAUUAGUGUGUCAGCUCUUGACGAAGACAACGAGGCCAUAGAUAAUGUGUUCACCUACCAACUGGCUGAUGAUUCUAAGUAUUUUUAUAUGACAACUGAUAGAGAUUCGUCAAAUUCAUACGUUGGAGUCCUUCGUGUCAAACAAUCUCUCGACUACGAAGAUUCGGCCCAAAAGGACGGAUUCCGUCUCCGAAUCCGUGUUAAUGACGGAAGACACGAUGCCUUCAGCAAUAUCGCUAUUGCCUUAUUGGAUAGAAAUGAUCAUGCCCCUGAAAUCGAAGGGCCAUCAGAACUUUCGUUCCCAGAAGAUGAGCCAGUCGGAUCGAAAAUUGCCAAAUUCACCAUCAACGACCGGGACCAUGAAGAUUCAAACAGGGCUAGUCCAACUUUUGCUAAUGAUUUAUCCUUGCCAUUCGGCCUGGAUCCUUCAUUGACGAAGUCUCGUUUUUCGACCUAUGUAGGCCCUAAAGCUAGAGACAUUCGGGUUUUCGUCAUGAAAAAUAUUAGUGAGGAUACAUCUAUUGGGACUGUGCUGGAUACUUUCAAAGCACAUGAUCCUACAAUGAAUUCAUUCAAUUACACGUUCCGGAUUAAUCGCCAAUCCGACCCUAAGCGUCAAUUCAGUAUUGACCAGGACGGAACUCUGAAAGUUGCUCAACGUUUAGAUAGGGAAGAUAUUCCUAGUUAUAGGUUGAUUAUCGAAGCAUAUGAUGCUGCUGAUAAUGUCGGAACUCAAAUGGUUGCCGUUUAUUUGCAAGAUGUAAACGAUAAUGGCCCCGAGCCUUACACAAUCCCAAAAACCUGUAUUUUCAUGGAAAAUACGCCAGUUAACCAAAUGGGUACUUGCGAGAUUCGUGCUACCGAUAGAGAUACUGGAGAUUAUGGUCCACCAUUUAGCAUGCAACUGGACACUACAUUUAAGUAUGGUAAUUACUUGAGUGUUACUUUCGAUCCAAACGGUGAUGGAGGUAAUGGUUCAAUGACUAUUAAGCCCCUGGUUGAAUUUGAUCGCGAAGCUGAUGUUCCGGGAAAAGUUUUGGAAGUACCUCUAGUGCUUUCAGACAAGGCUGGAAAGACGAAUAAAGCAUCUGUCUACGUUGUUAUCGGAGAUCAGAAUGACAAUCCUAUGCAUGAUGGCAGUAUGACCAUAACUGUCAAUAGUUAUCUGGAUAAGUUACAAAAAACUGUCAUUGGACGGGUCUAUGUGGAUGAUCUUGAUGACUGGGACCUUGGAGACAAAACAUUCACAAUGCAACAGUCACAACCCGGAUUUUCUAUCUCUGAACAUGGAGUCAUUACCAUGGAUGCUAACAUGCCUCCUGGAACUUACAAGUUAUCCAGUAAAGUGCAUGACAAUGUUAGAAAUGAGGAUGCUAUGGGAUAUGUUACUGUUGAUGUUGUUGUUGUUCCACAAGUUGCUUUCGACAAUCAGGGUUCAAUGCAGCUACUUAUUGCUGAAAACACUAACUUGCAAUACCCCGAAGAUUUCAUUCGAGUGAAUAGCAGUGGCACCAGUAUGAUGAAGGUGUUUGUAGAGAAGAUGGUUGGCUAUAUUGGAGGAUCUGUAUCUCUUGAUGUUUUCUCUAUCCAGCUUGGUAUUGCUACUUUACAAAAUAGGAAUGUUCCUGUUUUGAACGUCCGUUUCUCUGCUCAUGGCUCACCAUACAAGGAUCCUGCAUUGCUGAACGGUCUAGUUUCAGCCCACAGAGAGGAACUUCAGUCAUUGAUGGGCACAACCAUCGUGGGAGUCGGAAUAGAUAUGUGCAAAUUCACGAUGUGUGAUGCUGGAUGCCAAACCAUCAAUUCGGCUGAUUUUGAAGGAGUCGUUGUUUCUGCAAAUAGUACAGUCCUUGUUGGUGUUAACACAACAUCAAAAGAUGAUUGCACUUGUCCCGUAUGGAACCCACCGUCUGAGUGUCGUGCAGGUCUUUGUCACAAUGAUGGUGUUUGCCACAAUACAUUGCCUGGUUUCUUCUGCGAAUGCAGAAACGAUUUCUUGAAAGGAAUGAGAUGCCAGGGAACAACAAGAUCUUUCGAUGGUUCCGGAUUUGCGUGGUACAAGCCUAUGCCUGCAUGCACAAGUUUGAACAUUUCUAUGAGCUUCAUGACUGUUCAACGAGACGGAUUAAUCUUCUACAACGGCCCUAUGGACACAAAAACAAACGAUCGUCAAAUUGAAUAUAGAGAUUACAUUAUUAUUCAACUGAAAAAUGGAAUGGUUAAUGUUGAGAUUUCGAUGAACGGAAUGAUUCCGGUUACACUUGAAGUCCCUUCGAUUAGUGGGCUUAAUGAUGGAAAAUGGCAUACUCUUUCUGUAACUCAAAACGGAAAGCACAUCACUCUUGUGAUUGAUGAUUGCCGAGACGUUGACUCUAACAAUAGUGAUUUAUACUGCCGGCACUCAACGUCAACGCCAGAUGAUGAUGAACGUCUCAAUAUUGUUGCUCCUGCCCAACUCGGUGGUCUUGCACCUUUGACAUCUGGCCAACAAUACCCACCUACUGUUCCUAAAAAAGGACUAAACGGUUGCGUUCGUAAUUUAUAUGUCAAUGGAGAUCAGUAUGACUUGGCAACUCCAGCAUACGAGAAAAACUCGGAGACAGGAUGCAAAUUAUGGGGUUCUGCAUGUGACAGCAACUCUGUGGACACCGUAUCUUUCUGUGUUCAUGGUGAUUGUUACGCAAAUGCUCCUGGAGACUCUCCAAAUGUUCCAAAAUGCAUCUGUGACCCAGGGUGGGGAGGACCAAGGUGUGAUCAACAAAUCCAAUGGGUCCAGUUCAACGGUGGAUAUAUCGACUACCAACCAAAAAUCGGUUUCUCAAAUCAAGUUAAUGAUAUUGAGCUACUCUUCAUUCCUGGAAGAGUUUCAUCCUCGUCUGCCGGAUUAGCAUAUGGAACAGAAGGCCAAAACUAUGUGUCAACAUCUGUUGAUGCAGUUGGCGACUCUCUCGUACCAUCCUCAAGAUUCAAUGUAGGAACUCUGAACAAUCCUAUCUUGCGCAUUCCUGAAGUGAAUUUGAAAGAGAAUGGAUCUUACUGGAUGCAAUUGACACGUAACCCAAUUAAAGCUUCUCUUUCUAUCGAUGGAGCCUACUUUAACACCUUAUAUUUUGAUCAGUUCUCCUCUAGAAACCAACUGAAUAUUAACCAAAUUCUGUUGGGAAGGCAAGACGGAAAUAAUGCUUUCCGCGGUUGUGUAGGAACCUACAGAUGGGAAAACCACGAUCUGCCUCUACGCAAACCUACCAACCAAGCUGUAGAUGAUUCCGGAAUAGUGUCCAUUGAACGAUCUGUAGGGGUUGUUGAUGGCUGCUCUUUGAGAAUCACAUGUGCUGAUCUGCCUUCUGGCUUUUGUAGCGGAGCGUUUGUCUGCAUGGAUUUCUGGAAAGGACCUUUCUGUACUUGCGCGGAUGGUGCUAAUGCCAUUCUUGGAGAUGAUGGACAAGUUGUUGGAUGUGGAGAAACCCUUGCUGUAGCCAAGCUGGGAAUUAGUAGUCCCGCUAUCAUACUCAUCCUUGUCUCUCUGGCUCUACUUAUAAUGCUUGUUCUUCUCAUGGUAGUUUAUACACGCCGACAGCCCACAACCUUUGGGGCUGUCCGUCCUGAGGAUUCUAACCGUGAUAACAUCAGAACCUAUUACGUUGAAGGAGGAGGGGAAGCUGAUAAUGAUGCUUACUCAAUUGAUAAUUUGCGAAAACCGGUCAUGCCUCCUGAUGGGAAUGGUCUUGGACCUGUUGCACCUCCUAUAUACGGCAGACCAGUCGAUGAUCGACUCAAUUCUCAAAUUAAUGAUCUGGAGGGAGAUCAGAAUCAUGCUCCUUACGAUGAACUGAGAAUAUACGAUGAUGAGAAGGACAACAUUUCUGUUGUUACGUUAGAAAGUUUGGAGAGUGCUUCUGGCACUGCUUCUGCUGUGAAGUACUGCUAA